AUGCAACAGGCUGUAGAACGAGCUUUGGACCGUGCGGACUAUGUCAUCGCAAGUGCCCAGCAGAGGCCUCCUAAAAGGAAACGCUCGUCGAGUGGGGAAGCAUCUCUCUAUGAAAAACUUUAUGACAUGUAUGUGGAAGAAUGUGGGAAAGAGCCUGAGGCUCCGGAGGAACUAAGAAGCAACGUGAACUUGCUAGAGAAGCUCGUCAGGAGAGAGUCGUUGCCCUGUUUGGUGGUCAGCCUACAUCCGGGAGUGGGGGGAUAUUCGCUGAUGCUCGAGGGGAAACAUGGAGCGGAUUCGGAGACCAUUCGGCUGCCUUAUGAAGCAGGGGAAUUGCUGGAAUACCUGGAUGCUGAAGAAUUACCCCCUGCUCUGCUGGACCUCCUGGAAAAAUCUCAGGUUAACAUUUUCCACUGUGGGUGUGUCAUAGCACAGGUGCGGGACUACAGGCAGGGCAGUGGUGGGGAACCUCCCGGCUACCAGAGCAGGCAUAUUCUCCUGCGCCCAACCAUGCAGACGUUAGCCUGCGACGUGCAGUCCAUCACCAGCGAUGGCCAGGAAUGGACCCAGGAGGACAAGCUGUUGCUUGAGAGCCAACUGAUCUUGGCUACUGCGGAACCCCUGUGUCUGGAUCCUUCCAUAUCAGUAGCCUGCACGGCAAACAGGCUGCUCUAUAACAAGCAAAAGAUGAACACUCGCCCGAUGAAAAGGAGCUUCAAGAGGUAUUCUGCACCCUCUCUGAGUCGGCAGCGGGAGCUGUCCGGUUGCCCACCUCCUCCUGAGCUCAGAGUUUGGGCCUCUUGCCGGAAAGGCAGAGACAGCCAAGCUGGGCAGCGGUAUGACCUCAAAAAUUCUAAAGCGGGCAGUUGUGUAGAUAUGUGGAAACAGAGACCCUGUGACUUGGCCGUCCCGUCUGAAGUGGAUGUGCAGAAAUAUGCCAGAGGGAAGAGGUCCGCCAGACAGGAUGUCUCACCUCCAGGAGUCUGGCCAGCCCACGAGGUGAGAGACGGUGGUGCGUUUGGAUGUGAGGCUGGCGGCGAGCCUCAGACAACGGAGCUGACCUUCAUGCAGCCGCCGCUGCCGCCGAAUAAUCCACCUUUCUCUGGACCGAGAAGGCCCUGGAAGGAAGGCGGGUGGGAGGGACAGAUGUCUCCUCCGCACCCCUCCACAGAUGACCAUUCAGACGGUGUCCCGCCCGAGUCAAAGACUGCUGCUGGGGGGGUAGUCGUUCGGCCAGACGCGGUGGUCCCGCAGAAGGCCAAGUGUCUGGUCCCCGCGUCCCAGAGCUCCAGCGGCUCAGCCGGCCUCAGCGGGCUUCCUCCCGGGAAGGACCCAGAACAGCCUGAGAUGGUGUCGGUUCGGUCUCCGGUCCAGGGCCAGGGCGUCAGACCGCCACCUCUACGCGUCAGACUUCCCUGGAGCUCAGGAAAGAGUUGGUCGGGGAACAGUUUUACUCCAUGGGAGGCCAGCAGCUUUCUUAAAUCUCCAUCUCCGGCUCCUGCUUCUAAGCCACCAGGUCUUUCCCAGCAGUCGUCCGUGGGUGUGAAUCGAGUUAACCCGCUUCCUGCAGCCCUCCCGUCCUCUGCCAGCGCACCGCAGAGGAGCCCGGCGAGCCGGGUCACGGCCAGCUCUGCGGGCCGCAACCUCCGCCUCCCCAAAGUGGCGGGCCCCGGUCGAGGAGCGCAGGCUUUGGCGCGGGGCUCCGGCCCCGGGCAGGGCUGCACGGCUGGCACCACGGCUCCCGCGCGGGUCAAGCCCAGCAGCCUGCCCUCAGGAGCUCAGUCCCCCAGUGCGGUGCCCACGGCAGCGCGGGGUCCUCCGGUCCGCGUUCAGUUUUUUUUAAAACACCCUUCCGGCCUCAGGCCAGUAACUCUACUGGAGCUUCCCCAAGAUUCGCUCCUUUUGAACACCCCGCAGCAGCCAGAGCAGCGGCUCUGUCAGUUGAUUCCCCAAGAACAACUUCAGCAAGCCUCCACUUCUGGUCCUCUGCAGCCGGUGCCACAGGGUUCAAGGGCACGAGGUGCCGCCGGUCCGAAAACGGCCUCAUCUGCUCAGCCGGCUGUGGUCCUUAGCCGGGCUGGAGAGGGGAGUGUGCCGCAGCCCCAGGCGGCGGUGUUGGCCGCGCUUGGCUCUGCGGAGAGCCACGGAAGGCCCCGGCAGAUCGGCCCUCGCCCUGCGCACCCACUGCCGCCGGCCCCUGCCUCGCAGCCACCGCCCCCGCAGCAGGCACAAGCCUUGAGAAUCUUGCAGGGCCCCGUGGCUGUCACGACGGUGGCCGCGCAGACAGCUGGGCCGCCUCGGGGCCAGCAGGCCGCAAGCCAGUCCGGAGUCUACGGCCAUACCACCCCGAACGCGCCCGCUCUUGUCGAAACACCUUUUAGAAGAGUGGACUUGACUGAGGCCUGGAAACUUCGGGGCCACGUGAGCCACGGCCACGGCUGCAUGCGCAAGCACCGGAAGCACCCAGGAGGCCGGGGUAAUGCUGGUGGCAUGCAUCACCACAGGAUCAACUUCAAUAAAUAUCACCCAGGUUACUUUGGAAAAGUUGGUAUGAGACAUUACCACUUAAAGAGGAACCAGAGCUUCUGCCCAACUGUCAACCUUGAUAAACUGUGGACCUUAGUCAGUGAGCAGACGCAGCUUUUCCUGCUGCAGUUAGGAGCCCCUUUCCUUGCAGAUGGCUCCAUGUAUAUGUACAGUAGCAAAGGUGUACCGAGAGUCAGUAUAGAUGUAAUUCAGCCUGUUGAGCUGACCAUCCAGCUGGACUGUGGCUGCCAGCGCCCUGAGUCAUGGUGGCCAUACUGCUGCCACGGGGUCCAGCUUCUGACAGCAUCGCUUCCAAGGCUGAUCAGCUGGCAACGAGCGGAGAGGCCAGAGCAGGUGCCUACUGACAGAAGGAGGAGGAGGAACGCACCUGUGGUCAAGACCCAGUCGCUUCGGGUCUCCUGCUGCCCCUCGGAAGAACCCAGUCCGGGACCCGUGGGGCACUGCAGGAAGGAGCGGGAUUUUCCUGCCUCUGGACUGGAAGCAACGAACGAUCGUAGUCCAAGGCCACGUUCCGAAGUUAACUUCAGUUUGGCCCUAGCUGCUUUUCUGGCUUUAGUCCACAGCAGUGGCUCUAAGAAACCCUCCCUGCGCGCCCCUGUGCUCUCCAGCAGAGGAGGCAGGCCCAGGCCCGGGGCUGUGCCCGCCGAGUCUCCUGCCUGGAUCCACACACCCGGACCCAAUCCUGCCUCGUCGGCCUGCCACACCGGUCCACCUCUGACCUCUCACCGUGUCCCGGCCACGCGGACAUUGUGCUUUGUCAGGACGUCUCCAACAUUCCUGCUGCCUUGCUCCUGA